AUGUGCGCUUAUAUGAAUCUCAUAAGAUAUGCGACGCAACGUGUGUUCUAUUCAGGCGGAGCUCGAUAUUAUUCUUUAUCAUUUGUGUAUAUUUCUCUAUUCGUAUAUAAUUUACUUCUAACUUUAAACCUUGUUUAUACGCCUCGUAAAAUUGAAAUAUUCAUUCGGGAGGUCGUAUUUUAUUUUACGGAAAUUGCAGUUACAGGCAAAGUUGUAAUGAUUUUAAUGAAGAGAAGUGAUAUUUUAAAUGUGCUAAGCGAUUUAGAUUGCGAAGCUUUUCAAGGUCAAGAUGACAUAAGUCGUGUUAUAAUAAAGCUUCAUAUUACGAAAUAUAAAUUGUAUUGGAGAAUCUACGCACUGAUAUCAAACUUUGCUUAUUUCUCGCAAAUUUUUUUACCGCUUGUAUUGUAUUUUAUAUUUAAUACGAGAAUAGAAUUACCGAUUUGUAAAUAUUUCUUUUUAAAUGACUAUUACGUACAAAAGUAUUUUAUUUAUUUGUUCAUAUAUCAAUCUGUCGGUAUGUACGGUCAUAUGACGUACAACGUGAAUAUCGACACACUUAUAGCGGGAUUUAUUUUUAUGGCAAUAACACAACUAAGAGUUUUGAAUUAUAAAUUAAAACAUUUUAAAGUUUCGAAAAGUUGUACCCGAAAUAUAGAAAUAUUGAAACUUAAGCGACUUCUUAAACACUAUGUUGCAAUAAUAAGCUACUGUUAUAAAAUACAGCAAAUAUUAAGCGUAUCCCUGUUUGUCCAAUUCGGAAUGGCUUCAGCUGUUAUUUGUGCUAUUUUGUGCGGAAUGCUUUUGCAUACUUCAAGAGAGAGUUUAAUUUUCAUGAUAUCAUAUCUAUUUGCGAUGACAUUACAAAUCUUUGUCCCUGCAUAUUUGGGUUCGAUACUUAGUAAUGAGAGUCAAGAACUUGUGUUCGCCGCUUAUUGCACUGAAUGGAUUUCGCGAACGAAAGCCUUUAAAAACAGUAUUAAUAUUUUCUUAAUACGAGCUAACAGGAAAAUAACAAUUACUGCGUUUAAGAUGUUUCCACUUUCCUUGGACACUUUUACUUGGAUUAUGAAAACCGCUUAUUCACUGCUGACUGUAAUAAGAAAUAUACAAAAUCAACAAAAUUAA